AUGCGUACACAAUGAGUUGCUUACACCGUAUCAUACGCUACGAGCGUCGUUUUCCACUGUCAGACUAAAUCCUCUCACCCCCUUUCUUCUUCUUCCUCUCUCACAGGCCUUCCUCAUCCCUCCAUACCUCAACUCCUCAACCCUCCGUGUUUCUUCGCCAAAUCGACCAACAAUCUCACAAUCAUCUUCAACAUCUAUCUCACUGCCCAUGUCUCGCGGGAGAUGACGAAGGUAUCUCCCAAGAAGCCUCAGCUUCCGGCGCCUUUCCCGCCCACACUCAACCAACUCCCAGAUUUGGAUCUGCAUUACAGGCCUGGUUCCAGUCGGCCUACGCGGCGGAGAAUCCGAAGUCCAGCCCGUGUUAGAAGAGUUGUUGCUCCCGUUGGGAAGCGGAGCCGGCCUGAGACGCCCUUGCUCAAGUGGAAAAUCGACGACUCGGGGAGUGGAGCUAAUGGAGUUCAGCAGGAGGAAGAUGAGAAGAGAUUGCCUCUGGAAAGCAGCCAGAGAGGUCGCAUUCGAGGUUGUAAAGGAAGAAAAGUCGUUGUUUCGGCCAGGAAGCUCGUCGCUGGAAUUUGGAGAUUGCAGCUGCAGGAGGCGGCCACUAGUGAAGGGAGGAAUGGUGGCCAGCGAAGGACGGAGGAUCUCGUAGGGUUUCAGCCUCGCACGGGUCAUUUGGCUCCAGCUCUCCAUCCUGAUGAGAAGAUAGCAUUUAAUUCUGAAAUGAAUGAUCUAUUACAUAGUCCCCGUUCUGUCUCUGAUUCGAGAAACCGACUAUUGUGCAAGUUUGAGCCCUCAUUUCGAUAUUCGAACUCAGCAAUGGAGGGGGCAACCAAGUGGGAACCUGCAUGCUUGAAAACUCCAGUUGAGGCACGUCAAAUUUACAACCAAAUGAGACUUCUUGAUCAGCAAGGUGCUGUUUUGGCCCUUUCUGCGCUUGAAUCUGAACUAGAGCAAGCCCACUUGCAGAUCGAGGAACUUCAAGCUGAGCGUAAUGCUUCGAGAAAGAAGCUCGAAUAUUUCUUGAGGAAAGUUACUGAAGAAAAAGCCUUAUGGCGGAGCAGAGAGCAUGAGAAAAUUAGGGCAUGUGUUGAUGAUAUAAAGGCUGAGUUGAACAGAGAAAAGAAAACCCGACAAAGGGUGGAAAUGAUCAAUUCAAAAUUGGUAAAUGAGUUGGCCGAUUCUAAGCUAUCUGUAAAGCGGUUUAUGCAAGACUACGAAAAAGAAAGAAAGGAAAGAUCGUUGGUUGAGGAAGUAUGUGAUGAACUUGCAAAAGAAGUUGGUGAAGACAAAGCAAGAAUAGAAGCUCUGAAGAGAGAAUCCAUGAAAUUGAGAGAUGAAGCAGACGAAGAACGGAAAAUGUUACAGAUGGCUGAGGUAUGGCGCGAAGAACGUGUUCAAAUGAAGCUGGUUGAUGCCAAGGUGGCACUUGAAGAGAAAUACUCACAGAUGCGUAAUCUAGUAGCAGACCUUGAAGACUUCUUAAGGUUGAAAAUUGAAACCCCAGAUGUAUCAGAGAUGAAAAAAGCUUUGCUACUUAGAGAGGCUGCUGCCUCUGUUAAUAUUCAAGAUGUCACAGAAUUUGUUUAUGAACCUUCAAACCCAGAUGAUAUCUUCUCUGUGUUUGAAGAUGUCAAUUUUGGAGAAUCGAACGAGAGGGAAAUUGGACAGUGCAUUGCUUACAGCCCGCCUAGUCACGCUUCUAAAGUCCAGACUGCGAGUCUAGAAGCUAAUGUUACUGAUAGGAUUGGCAUUCAGAGACAUACGGAUUUGUUUGUUGCUCGUAACAGCGGUAUAGAAGAAGAUGAGAGUGGCUGGGAAACUGUGAGUCAUUUAGAGGAUCAGGGCUCGAGCAAUUCCCCAGAACAGAGUGUUGCGUCUAUCAAAAAGAAUCAUCGGAAGAGUAAUGCUUCCGUGAGUGGGAUAGAAUGGGAAGGAAAUGGAGGUGGAGACUCACCCCUUACUGAAGUCAGUGAAGUCUGCUCAGUUCCAUCAAAGCAAUUAAAGAAGAUAUCAUCCAUUGCACGACUUUGGAAAUCGUGCUCAAACAAUGAAGGAUACAAACUAAUCUCCCUUGAGGGCAUAAACGCCAGGCUCUCAAAUGGAAGAUUGUCGAGUGCAAGUAUCUUUUCGGCAGAUGGGGGCUCGGUGAGAAGCGGGAUUAGUCCUCCAGAAUUGGCUGGACAGUGGAGCUCCCUUGACUCAGGCAAUGGUCACACGACACGAGGGAAGAAAGGAUGCAUUCCUCGCAACACGAUCAAAGGUAGUUUAAAGGCUAAGCUGUUGGAGGCAAGGAUGGAAAGCCAUAAGGUCCAGUUGCGUCAGGUCCUAAAGCAUAAGAUCUAGGUGUAGAAUUAAAUUGCAGUGCUUGCUUUUGAUUCCCAAAGUGAUUUGAUUUCUGUUCAUAGAAGAUGCUCAUGAUCUUCAAAGGAAGCUUUGAAUCAUCAGGCUUGGCCCAAAGCGAUUAUCCAAGAUUCAUCUGUUGAGGUAAACAAUGCUAGGCUAUAACUGAAUGAUUCAUUUUUCUGUUCUGUUAACAUCAAUGCAAGCCAUUCGGAUGUAAUGUAUUCUUAGUAUCUCUUAGAAGCUGCAGGGGCCCCUCUUGAGGGGAAAAAAAAAAAAAAAAAAAAUUCAUGUAGGUGACCUAGCUGAUCGAUCUGUUCAUUCUCAUCUUUGUAAUUUACAAUUUUGCAAUGUAAAAUGCCCUUCUGAUUUCUUUUUUA